GGGCGGGGAGGGGCCGGGCUUCCGGCGGGCGGCCAAUCGCUGCGCGCCGCCCGCGGGGCCUCCCUGCGCCGGCCGGGCCCGAGCCGCCCACGGCUCCGGAGGCCUGGAAAUCUGCGUGGGUCCCUGGAGAGGACGUCUCUGCUAGGCCCAGCUGGGAGCGGAGUGUCCGCCCACUGCGCCCAGGCGCACGCCCUGUUGGUGCCCACCGCACGCAGAGCCUCGAACCAUGCCGGCAAGGCCACAAGGCAUCUGAAGACUGAUGGGUGAACUGUCACCGGCUGCUGCCUGAAAUCCACUGCUCCUUGCAGUUGGGAGGGAAUACCUCACCCACGUGUUAUAUUGCAACGUCGUGCCCAGGGUGGCCAGCCUGCAGAGCCUUCAGAAGCCGUCAGAGUUGUCUGACCAGGCGUUUGUCACACUGGCCACCAAUGACGUCUACUGCCAGGGCGCCCUGGUCCUGGGGCAGUCACUCAGGAACCAUAUGGCCACCCGAAAGCUGGUGGUGCUGAUUACCCCUCAGGUGUCCAGCCUGCUCAGGGUUAUCCUCUCGAAGGUGUUUGAUGAGGUAAUCGAGGUGAACCUGAUAGACAGUGCAGACUACAUCCACUUGGCCUUUCUGAGGAGACCCGAGCUUGGAGUCACCCUGACCAAACUUCACUGUUGGACCCUCACCCAUUAUAGCAAGUGUGUCUUCCUGGAUGCAGACACUCUGGUGCUGGCCAACAUCGAUGAGCUGUUUGAUAGGGGAGAGUUUUCGGCAGCCCCGGAUCCCGGAUGGCCGGAUUGCUUCAAUAGUGGUGUGUUUGUCUUCCAACCGUCCCUUGAGACACAUGGCCUCCUGCUGCGGCAUGCCACCGACCACGGCAGCUUUGAUGGGGCAGAUCAAGGCUUACUGAAUAGUUUCUUCAGUAGCUGGUCAACGUCAGAUAUCCACAAACACCUGCCGUUCAUCUAUAACUUGAGCAGUAACACGGCGUACACCUACAGCCCCGCGUUCAAACAAUUCGGUUCUAGUGCAAAGGUAGUGCACUUCUUGGGGUCCAUGAAGCCUUGGAAGUACAAGUACAAUCCCCAGACUGGCUCGGUUUUGGAGGAGGGCUGUGGGUUGGUCCACAAGCACCAGCUGACCUUUCUCAACCUCUGGUGGGAAAUCUACCACCAUGGCAUUCUGCCUGUCUUAAAAAGUAUCCGGGACGAGCAAGAACACGCAUCUCCACGACACCCGGUGGGCCUCCGUGGCGUGGGGGUGCCGUGUGCAGAUUGGGCACCCGGUGCUGGAGAGCUGUGUGCAAAUUCGGUGCCCAGUGCCGGGGAGGCGUGUGCAAAAUCAGCAGCGGGGUCCAGCCAGCCUCGUCCUGCUGAGGGUCCUUUGGAGCAGGUGAUGGUAGAGAAGGAGGCCCCACCCUCACCUGAAGAAUGUCACGUGGAAGACAUGAUAGCUUGGCCUGGUGUUGUGACGUCCCCUGGAGUGAUGUGUGACCCAUUGUCCCCUCCCUCCCCACAAAGGGCAGACUCCGCAGAGGCCCGAAGCACCCCGCAGCCGGUGGAUAAACCCGAAGGUGACCCCUUGGAGGAAACGUCAUCGGAAGCAACCCAGUGGCCCCCUGUGGAUGUCAGCAGGGACCACAGCCCUCGGGAUGUUUUAGAGGUUGACCUGGCCAUCUCCAUUUCCGAGAUUUCCAUCGAAGAAAAGGUGAAGGAGCUGAAUGCCGAAGAAGAAAGGAGAAAAUGGGAAGAGGGACGCAUUGAUUACAUGGGGAAGGAUGCGUUUGCCCGCAUCCAGGAGAAGCUGGACCGGUUUCUGCAGUAACGCGGGCCGUCGUGCGGGGUCAGACAGCGUCCCGUUGCCUGGUCCCGGCACACGGACAUCUGUCUCCUCUAGUCCUUUCAAAGGGAAGCAUUGCUCAACGAUGUGCCUCUAUUUAUGGUUGACCAACUGGAGUGCCUCACAAACAUGAUGUAGACCCUAGGAAAUGCACCAGGAAGCUGAUCCCCGCCACCCAUGCCUUCUCAGUCUUCGUGAGAGGUGCUUCUGUCCACCUUGUCAGACGAGGGGACAGGGUAGACCCUUGGUACGGUCCCUGGUCUGCAAAGGAGCUCUGAAAUGGUGCCUUGGACAGGUGCUACCGUAUCUAUCCUGUGUCGGUGUCCUCUCAGAUGUCCCCCCAGAGCUUCUGUCCCUAUGCUAUUAACACGAGUAUAUGCAUUCAGUACCUCGGGAACCCUUCAGAAUGAAAAGUCCUUUUCUGAACGUUUAAAUAAGCGUUUACACAUCUUGCGCGUGACUUUGAGUUUUAGACUUUGUGACGCGUGUUUGAGAGACGCCACAGCUGCUGUUUCUCUUCUGUAAAAACCAGCAGGGCUCUGGAGUGCUGGUCACAGACGCCCUAUUUGGGACAUGCCAGAGAUAUUUGGGAGAGAGUUUCUACCUGGCUUGGGUGAUGUCACCUCUUAUAAAUCCGUGUAUCUACCGGAUAAACCCAGGGUUACUCUGAGGGAUUUGGGGUGACAACUUGCCCACCGUGACCGAAUCUGCCUUGUCUUGAGGCUAACCAUUUGGGGUCUGUCCUACUGGCCCACUCUUUGCUGGGAGAUCGCUACCUCCAUGCAAAACGUGUUGAGUCCCUGUGUCCGCCAAGCCAUUUCAACUCAGCUCUUCUGGGAGAGCUCUCACGUUUAUGAGAUUAGAUGCUUCAUUUCAUGAGAAGGCAUCGUCUUUCCAAGUGCUCUAAGUUUAUGAAUUCAUACCGUCUGUUGGGACAGCUCGCAGGGUCACUGCUCCUGGCCAACAUAGUUAGAAUUAAAUCGGUCAACGCUGUGCUAAAGACAGGGAAAUGUGCUUUUUUAGAAGUUUGAAUGGUGCGUUUAUGAUGCUCAUACUGUGGAAAGUCACAGGGUUCAUGAGAGUCAGGUUUGGCAUUAGGUGAGGGGGCUAUGGUGCCAUUGGGUGGAUGUGGGCCCACGUGAAGCCCUUGAGCCCCUGGGAAGGGAAUCUGCAUGAUGGAAUGUUAUCAGCUUUGCAAGAUGUAGGUUGUGGAGGGGAUGUUUCCCCUUAUGGCUGGGAGGUCAGUGAUCCGUCGUCUCGGCAUCACACAUAUGGUGCUUCUGGGGCUCAUUAAAAAUAGCCAUGUGCACAUAGCUUUAGGUGGAGCGGGGUGGGGCGGUCAUCAACCAUCUGAGUAAUAAAUUCGUCCUGGGGAUAGACCGGUGGUGUUCAGGCUCUGUGCUGUGGGCCAUGACAAACAGAAGCCGGAGUCAGAUGCAACAUCCAUGGGAUGCGUGUUUGAGUCGGGUUCACCUUCUCUGGAGAAGACAAUUCGUGUUUCCAGGCAACGGCUCAGUGACGGGGAAUAUACGUGCCACACGGACUUGUGUUGUACGUCCUCACAUAUGUCAUCACAUCUGGGUGACCGCUCCUGCGUUUCCAUUAAAAGUUUAAGACA